ACAACAACAACAGCAACAUCAGCAGCAGAAGCAGCUUCUCCCGAAUAUAUUGAUCCUCAUCCAACAAAAAACCCACCUGCACCCAUCGCCAUCCUGUCAUUCCUGUCACCUGUUGUACCAUACCCGUCCAAUUUGGUCUCGAGUUUAAAUGCAUUAGCACCUUUUAUUGCCAGUAGCUGCUCUAAUGCUGUGGAACAUAGCCGCCAAGUUUUGGUACGCCGCCCUUCUGCUCGACGACGGCCUUCGGGAAAGCAGCGGACAAGGAAGAAGUCGGGCGAGGAUAUGCCAAGAAUGAAUGGAACUUCUACUACUAUUGCUAGUGCUCGUGCUGGUGGUAAUCACGAGAUAGUGGAUUCAGCAACAACAACACCCAAUGCCACAUCGCCCUAUCAUUAUCAAUCGACACCACCAUUUCUUGGCAGCAUGUCGAAUUUCACAAAGAAUUCAUUAGAAACAGUGACAGAACAACAAAAGCCAGAAGACGAUCCCCAGCUUUGGUCGGCAUCGUCCAUGUCGUCGUACACGUCGGCCUUUUCUGUGCAACCUGCAGCAUUGGAACUGCAGCAGCAGCAACUGCAACAACAUCUGCAACAGCAACCGAAGCUACCGCCUGUGUCCGAUAAUGGUGGUGGUCAAAUGCUUUCUCGGUCGUCAUCAAUAUCGUCUGAACGUGCUUUGUCUCCAUCCUCUAUGGCCAUUCUUGACGCAUGGGACUCUUCAAAGAACAACAUCAACAAGGUCGAGCCUUUGACGCCCCCGGCAGCUAUGGGUGCAACAAAAGAUGAUAUGAAAUCUAUCAACGACGAGGAUUCUCCAUUUGUUCAUCAGCAACAAGAACGGCAACAGCAGCUACGGCAGAACGAACACGAGCAGUUUAAACAACAGCAGCAACAGCGAGCAAAAAACCGAGUUUUGACAAAAAGAUUGCGACCGCGGAAUCGGACAAGAGUCCGAUGGCGGGCUUAUGGCUCAGGAACUGGCACAGGCAGUAUGGGACGGUCGGUGGAGAGGAGCAAUGACAGCGGAUUAAACAGAGAUGGGAUUGAACAUUUGUUUGUGGCACCCAAAUCAAGCCUUUUGCGUCUGGUGAUUGAUGGUAUACCCAUUCAUGUCUUUACAUGUUCAACUACGACAGGGCAAGUGACAUGGGUAAAUCAUCGAAUAUUGCAAUACACGGGCCGUUCGCUGAGCGAACAUUUGGGACCUGGAUGGUUAUCACAUAUGCACCCGGAUGAUCAAACGGUGUGCCACAAGGCCUGGGAGAAUGCGUUUGAACAAGGGAACGGGUUUGCUGGCGAAUAUCGAUUACGACGUUUCGACGGUGUUUAUCGAUUUUUCUUGUGGCGCAUUGUACCAUUGCGAGAUUCGAAAGGACGGAUCAUCCACUGGUUUGGCACUUGCACCGAUGUCCAUGACCAGCAUAUUGCAAAGGAAAGCAACUUGCGACAAAUGGAAAUUGAGAGCAACGAACGCAAAUACCGGUUACUCGCCGAAGCGAUUCCUCAAAUUGUGUUUACCUUCUGUCCUGGCAUAGGUGUGACGUAUGCGAACGAGAAGUGGGAAAGCUACUCUGGCCUGGAUUUUGAUCGAACGAAAGGAUUCGGCUUUAUGUCACAGGUCCAUCCAGAUGAUCGCCACAAACUACAGCUGCCGGAGCUAUUACCGCACCAAACCGCCGGCAUCAUAUGGCAAAGAGAGAUUCGAUUGUUGGGUCACGAGGGGAAGUAUCGAUGGUUCUUGGUGAAAUCGAUAUCUGUUGAUGAGCUGGACACUGGCGAUGUGCGUUGGUUUGGUACAUGUACGGAUAUCAACGAUCACAAGUUGCUGGAACACAAGCUCAAAGAGGCGCAUGACGCAGCACAGAAGUCGAUGGAAAGCAAGACUCGAUUCUUAUCCAACAUGUCGCAUGAAAUCCGAACGCCCCUGAUCGGUAUCACUGGAAUGCUCAACUUUUUACUUGAUACGGAGCUCACGCCUGAGCAACUGGAUUAUGCCCACACCAUCCAGCAGUCUGCCGAGUCAUUGCUUGUUGUUAUUAACGAUAUUCUGGAUCUGAGCAAGGUCGAGGCUGGUAUGAUGAAGCUGGAAUGGGAGCCAUUCAGUUUGGUGACCAUGAUUGAGGAUGCAAACGAGCUUUUGUCGACACUGGCGAUCCAAAAGGGGCUGGAACUGAGCUUCUGGGUUGAUGAAGACGUGCCUGAUGUGGUGGUCGGUGAUCGUGUACGACUGCGUCAAGUCCUGUUGAAUUUGAUCGGAAAUGCAAUCAAAUUUACUACGGAGGGCGAGAUUUUCACCCAGUGCACAGUGCAAGACAUCAGCGUCGAAAGCAACGAACUGACCUUGUUGUUUGAGGUCCAGGACACUGGAUCUGGCUUUGAUGCUGAAGGCGAAGCUGUCAUGUUCAAGCCUUUCUCGCAAGUCGACAGUUCGAGUACUCGAAAGCAUGGGGGAAGUGGACUUGGUCUCGUUAUCUCUCGACAGCUUAUUGAGCUGCACGGAGGUACGAUGCAGUGCAAGAGCAAAAAGGGUGAAGGAUCCACAUUUUUCUUUACCGUCAAAUUCUCUAUCCCUCCACCGCAAACACGACCGAGACCACAGACGCCACAGAAUGAAACGAACAGCAAUCCAUUCUUCAGAACCAGCGUCUGCAGUGUAUCGCACGCCGCAUCACCCGUACAGCCUACACCAGCAAGCAACACAGUAUCAUCCUCAUCCUCGUCAUCGGCUUCUUCCGUCUUUGUUCCUUCUCCACUUGCGCAUUCGAAGAAGCAUUCACAAUCAGUCGACCUGCCAAGCUCAAUGGAGUUGCUCCAAGACGCUUUAUUAAACAAGGCUGCAUCGAUGCGAUUGAUGCCGCCACCUGCACGUAACGGCGGCGGCAGCGGCAGCGGCAGCGGCAGCAUCAGCGUCAGUGGCCGGUCUCCAUUGAGCAACGAUAGCACAAUAACAACAGCAACGGCAACAGUGCCGACCAAGGCAGCAGCAGCAGCAGCAUCGGGCGAAAGACCAAGCAGCAGUCUACGACCACCAGUAGCAAUACCCCAUGUUGGCCUACUUUCACCAAAUGCUGGUGUUAUUUUGCCUCCGCGCACACCAAGCCGAGGAUCACCGCUGCGUAUUCUCGCCGUAUCGGACUGGCACCAUGCGCGCAACACCAUUGUGAAGCACUUGCGCGCUAUUUUGGGCGGUAUCUCACAGCACCAAGACUAUGAAUUGAGCAUCGCAACAAACCACAUUGAGGCUGUUCAGCUACUGGCGUAUCCGCAAGCAGCUGCGUACGAUUACAUUGUGAUAAACUUGGCGCUCGAUCAACAAGUACUGGAUAUUACCCGUGUCGUUACCGGCGCACUUCAGCAUCAAGAUGCCAACGUCCUGGUUAUCACGACACCCAUGCAGCGAUCGCAAAUCAUGGAUAGUGCCAAAGGGCGGGAAACUGAACUGUUGCCUGCUAAUUGCAGCUUUGUGUUCAAACCUAUUAAGCGAAGCAAAUUGAAUUGGUACUUUGGUCUGCGUCAUCAGCAAGAAGAUCCGGGCGAUCAAGACCAUCCGUCAGGAGCAUCUACACCGUCAGCAAAGGCUGCAGCGGCUGCUGUAGCUGCCGGUGCACCGGAAUCGUCGCGACAGCGAGUGGCAACGCAAAAGGAAGUGUUUCGACGCAUGGAAGCAGAUGUAGGCGGUAAAGGAUUCCAGGUCAUGCUUGUUGAAGAUAAUUUGGUGAAUCAAAAGGUGCUGACACGGUACUUGGAACGCGUUGGAUUGAAUGUCGAAGUGGCCAGCGAUGGGGACGAGUGUGUCAAAUUAUUCCAUAGUCGACCACCGGGCCACUUUUCCUUGAUUCUCUGCGACCUGUUCAUGCCUGUCAAAGAUGGGUAUGAGGCAACUCGCGAGAUUCGAGAAUGGGAAAAAGAGCAUAAAGAGCAGCGACCAGUGCCCAUUGUAGCACUGUCAGCGAAUGUCAUGAGCGAUGUAGCACAAAAGUGUCUCGAGAAUGGAUUUUCCACGUACAUUUCAAAACCCGUCAACUUUGCUACACUGAGCGAUGUCAUCCGCAAGCAUUUGCUCCCAAAACAUUGACACGCGCAUUCCCAUCCUAUCCUUCGGUCUCAUCUUUCUUCUUUAACCUCCGUCAUCUCAACCAAUUAUAAUAAUAAUAAACACGACAAAAUUAGAAAAAUAACAGUUUACAUGCACGAAGUAAUUCUCUUACAUACGCAUACUAAUGCGUAAUCUAUGACUCAUUAGCUCCGGCAUUCAUACUACUCUAUCUGUACUAUUGACGUACCUAAAAACUAUUGUCGUACUGUUUCUAUGAGGUUAAAAGAAGAAAAUCUCUCAGUGGUGACGAUGUGUUCUUCUCUUCUAGGAUGUGUUUUCCACGCUAAUAAGAAAUUGAUGACGGGGAUCAUUUCAGAAAAUCUACAUGGCGGCGAGUAUAUUCGAAAUUAGAUGGGGACCCUGUCUCGGCUGAGAGCAAUCUGAUUCGUCCGUUGUAGCCGGGUAUAUCAGGCUUGGUUUCGCGGAGAGGAGAAAAAAAAAUGGCUUUCCU